UGGCCGGACCACGGAACACCCGAUCAGCAGUGCUGCCAGAGUUCGAUAAGGAUCAAAGGACUCGAUAAAACAGGAAGCAUGGACGACGUCGUGCAUCAAAAUUCCCUCAUCCUCUCGACUGCGGGAGCGGUCCCAGUUGUGAAUGAGAAGGGUGAGGUGUACAUGAAAAAAGUCAAAGUCCAGAGAUACAUCUCUGGAAGGCGACCCAAAUAUGCUCCAGACGACAGCGAAGAAUCAGCGUCGUCGGACGACGACUUCAUCGUUGAGAGACAACGACCUUCAAGGAAGAUAGAGAGACCCGAGCUGCGCACAGGAGCAGAUCAAUCAGGCAGCGAGGAGGAUGCAGAGGAAGGCGAUGAACUACCGCAAGACGACGAGCUCUCGGACCGUACUGCGGGUCAAGAAAUCGAUGACCGAGACCUCGACGAUCCUCGGCUCCGGAGAUUGAUGCGACGAAAGCAGGAGACGCGAACCAUUGAGAGCGCCACCGUCGUUGAGGGCGACGACUCCGACCGCGAAACAGGACGUCGACGACAUCGAAGUUCGUCCCCGUCUUCGAGUUCGUCUGACAACGAGGAUCUCGACGACGAAGAACGCGAAAGGAAGCGCUUACAGAUAAAACAGAGAGCGCUCCAACGAGCGAAAGAUCAAGAGGAGGAGCUUGUACGCGAAGUAGAAAACAAACAGGACGAAGAACCUCAAGAGGAUGAGGAGUCCGAGUAUGAGGAAUACAUCGAAAGCGAAGAGGAAGAGCAAGGUCCGCGAUUGAAACCUGUAUUCGUACGACAGAGAGAUCGUAUCACAAUCCAAGAGCGAGAACAGGAGGAAGAGCGGAAGUAUCGAGCAGAAUUGGAAAAGAAGAAGAAGGCCGAAGAGAAACGGAGGCAGACUCUGAAGAUCGUAGAGUCCGAAGUCAGGAAGGAAGUGGAAGAAACUAAAGAGGAAACCAAGACAGGAGCCUGCGUUGGGAAUAUUGAAGACGUCAACACAGAAGACGAGAACGACGAAGCCGCCUACGAGGCGUGGAAAGUCCGGGAGUUGAAACGGAUAAAGCGAGACCGAGAAGCUCGAGACGCGAUCGAGAGAGAGAAAAUGGAGGUCGAGAGACUGCGCAACAUGACCGAAGAGGAGCGUCUGCGCGAGCUGAAAAACAACCCGAAGAAAAUCGUCAACAAAUCAACGAAAGGAAAGUACAAAUACCUCCAGAAGUACUAUCAUCGGGGAUCCUACUUCGUCCAGGACCAGGAAGACGAUAUUUACCGCAGAGAUUUCUCUGUUCCGACCCUUGAAGAUCACUUCAACAAAUCCGUACUACCGAAGGUCAUGCAAGUCAAAAACUUCGGACGAUCGGGUCGGACCAAAUACACGCAUCUUCUUGAUCAAGAUACGACGAAAGCCGAUUCGCCGUGGUCGGCCGAUACCGCUCAAAACCUCAAAUGGCACAUCGAGAAAGCAGGUGGAUCGAAAGCAUCUCUCGGUGAUCGACCUUCAGUUCGGAAACCGCGGAACUAGGAGGGGAAUGGGUACUGGAGCUGUACAUUAGUUUUGUGUAUAAAUAAUGAAAUCGGAGAG